AUGGCGCCUAAGAUUGUUGUUAUUUUGGUGUUUUUGAUAUCCUUGUUUGAAUCAUCGUCAAAUUACUAUGCAGUGGGUGCAUCGUACAAUGUGGCUAGCUACGGUGCAAGAGGAGAUGGGACAACAGACUCAACCAAAGCAUUUCUUAGGGCAUGGUCAUUGGCAUGCUUGUCGACAGCUAGGGGCGGAGCCACCUUGUACGUUCCUCGAGGCAGUUUCUUGAUAAAGCCGGUAGUGUUUAGUGGCCCAUGCAGAAGCAGCAGAGUUGUGUUUCAGAUGGAUGCGGCGGCUAGUCUAGUUGCCCCAACUAAUUAUUGGGAACUUGGAAACACUGGAACUUGGAUUUUGUUCAUAAGGGUCACAGGGCUCCUUGUGUACGGAGGGACCGUUGAUGCUAGGGCAAAUUCAUAUUGGCGAUGCAGGAGAUCCGGCAAGAGUUGCACAGCAGGAUCAAGGUCAGUGGCGUUGUAUUGGUGUAAUAAUGCGGUGGUGCGCGGGUUAAGAAUGAUGAACAGCCAGAUAAUGCAUAUGGCGAUCGACAACUGCAAGAAUGUGGCAGUGAGAAACGUAUAUAUAAGAGCCCCAAGUGGAAGCCCAAACACGGAUGGCAUCCACAUAGAAGCUUCGACGGGGGUCACCAUCACUGCCUCUACUAUUAUGACUGGAGACGACUGCAUAUCAAUCGGCGAAGGCGCCAAGAAUUUGUGGAUUGAACGCAUUGCCUGUGGCCCUGGUCAUGGAAUAAGCAUUGGGAGUCUUGGUGCAUCUGCAAAUGAAGAUGGAGUUCAAAAUGUGACGGUAACAAAUUCAGUCUUCACUAAAACCCAAAACGGCGUACGGAUCAAAACAUGGGCAAGAGCUAGCAAUAGUUUUGUAACAAACAUUUCUUUUCGGAACCUUAUCAUGAAAAACGUCGGCAACCCCAUCAUGAUUGAUCAAAAGUACUGCCCUAGUAAUCAAGGCUGUCCUCGUCAGAAUUCUGGCGUGAAGAUCAGUAGAGUUACGUACACGAAUAUAAAGGGAACAUCUACGGCGCCAGUAGCCAUGAAUUUCUUUUGCAGCCCUAGUAAUCCCUGCUGGGGGCUGAAAGUGCGAGACAUAAGGCUUACUUAUUUCAAGGCAGCAGCCAAGUCCUACUGUGCCAAUGCAGGUGGGAGCAGUAGCGGAGUGAUCAUACCAAGGAGUUGUUUCUGA